AGACGACAAACACUGCAGAACUUAGAGACGGAAGUGAUUCGUGACAACGACAGCAAUAAACAGCUGACGGAUUGCAGUGAACAACACGUUAACAACGGAAACCAAUUAGAGUCGUGGCCGUCACAAGUGGAGAACAGCUCCGCUCUGGCGCUGACCGCUCACGACGACGACGAAGAAGAUGAAUCCAACGAUAUGUUCGAGGUUAAGCCCAUCAUAUCAUUUGAUGACUCUUCGAGUCAAGUGUCCAACUCUUUACGCGAAGAUUCAUCAGUUAUGGUGGAGAGUCCGUCGGAUCCAAACGCGAGCGCCGGUUCCAGUUCAGGACAACCCGUUUACGGCAAGAUAUGUGUCUGUCAUCUCUGUCACCUCACAUUCACCGCAUACAGCAGUAACAAAAGGCGCUCUUCUUUGAGAUCGUAUGGCUUUCAGUCGUUAUCUAACUUUGGUUUUGGUGACACUCGGAGUGAGUGUCCGUUUUGUCACAAAAGGAUUGUAAACCUUCGAAGACAUAUAAAUGAAGUACACGUCGGAGUGCUCUUCCAGUGUCAGAUCUGUUGUCGCAAAUUUAAGCGAAAGGAUAAACUUAACCAUCACUUGAUUACAGAACAUAAUGUAUAACUAAAAC